AAAGGCAAGUUCAUACAACCAUUUGGGUGCUUGCUAGCUUUAGAUGAGAAAACAUACAAAGUCAUAGCAUACAGCGAAAAUGCCCCUGAAAUGUUGACCAUGGUUAGUCAUGCAGUCCCAAGUGUUGGAGACCAUCCGGCUCUUGGCAUUGGAACAGACAUACGGUCAAUCUUUACUGCCCCUAGUUCCUCUGCAUUACUGAAAGCCCUUGGAAUUGGGGAAGUUUCUCUUUUGAAUCCCAUCUUGGUUCAUUGCAAGACUUCUGGGAAGCCCUUCUAUGCAAUUGUCCACCGCGUAACAGGUAGCUUGAUCAUUGAUUUUGAGCCUGUUAAACCUUAUGAGGUCCCCAUGACUGCUGCUGGGGCCUUGCAGUCAUACAAGCUAGCAGCCAAAGCAAUUGCUCGGUUGCAGUCUUUGCCUAGUGGGAGCUUGGAAAGGCUUUGUGAUUCAAUGGUUCAGGAGGUUUCUGAGCUAACAGGUUAUGACAGGGUGAUGACUUAUAAGUUUCAUGAUGACGACCAUGGGGAAGUAAUCUCUGAGGUUGCAAAGCCAGGUCUAGAGCCUUAUUUAGGAUUGCAUUAUCCAGCUACCGAUAUCCCACAGGCAUCAAGAUUUUUGUUUAUGAAGAAUAAGGUCCGAAUGAUUGUUGAUUGUCGAGCAAAGCAUGUCAAGGUUCUUCAAGAUGAGAAGCUUCCUUUGGAUCUAACCCUGUGUGGUUCAACCCUAAGGGCACCACACAGCUGCCAUAUACAGUAUAUGGAGAAUAUGAAUUCUAUUGCUUCUCUUGUUAUGGCAGUUGUUGUCAAUGAGGGAGAUGAGGAUGAUGACAGUCCUGAUUCUGCACAACCACCACAAAAGAGAAAGAGACUUUGGGGUCUAGUAGUUUGCCACAACACUACUCCAAGGUUUGUACCAUUCCCCCUUAGGUAUGCCUGUGAGUUUUUGACCCAAGUUUUUGCCAUCCAUGUCAAUAAAGAAUUAGAGUUAGAAAAUCAAAUUGUUGAGAAGAAUAUCCUACGUACCCAGACACUUUUGUGUGAUAUGCUUAUGCGGGAUGCACCCUUGGGCAUAGUCUCACAGAAACCAAAUAUAAUGGACUUGGUGAAAUGUGAUGGGGCUGCCCUAUUAUACAAGAACAAGAUAUGGAGAUUGGGAGUAACUCCUAGUGACCUCCAGCUGCAUGAGAUUGCAUCAUGGCUUUCAGAAUAUCAUAUGGAUUCCACAGGUUUGAGUACGGAUAGCCUGCAUGAUGCAGGGUUCCCAGGAGCUUCAGCCUUAGGUGAUGUUGUAUGUGGAAUGGCGGCUGUAAGGAUAACCCCCAAGGACUUGCUUUUCUGGUUUCGGUCCCAUGCUGCUGCAGAAAUUCGGUGGGGUGGUGCAAAGCAUGAACCUGGUGAGAAGGAUGAUGGCAGGAAGAUGCACCCAAGGUCAUCCUUCAAGGCUUUCCUUGAAGUUGUCAAGUCAAGGAGUUUGCCUUGGAAGGAUUAUGAAAUGGAUGCAAUUCAUUCUCUGCAGCUUAUUUUGAGGAAUGCAUUUAAGGAUAUUGAAACCAUGGAUACAAGCUCCCGUGCAAUUCAUUCGAAGCUGAGUGACCUCAAGAUAGAAGGGAUGCAAGAACUGGAGGCAGUGACAAGUGAGAUGGUUCGUUUAAUUGAGACAGCUUCAGUCCCCAUUUUGGCAGUUGAUGUUGAUGGGCUGGUUAAUGGAUGGAAUACAAAAAUUGCUGAGUUAACUAGUCUUCCUGUUGAUGAAGCAAUUGGAAAGCAUUUGCUCACGCUUGUCGAAGAUUCAUCAGUUGAUACAGUAAGGACAAUGUUAGACUUGGCAUUACACGGCAAAGAGGAAAAGAACAUCCAAUUUGAAAUUAAAACACAUGGUUCAAGGAUAGAAGCUGGCCCCAUCAGUUUAGUUGUUAAUGCUUGUGCAAGUAGGGAUCUUCAGGAGAAUGUUGUGGGUGUGUGUUUUGUGGCCCAAGAUGUCACUGGUCAGAAGACUGUCAUGGACAAGUUCACCCGGAUUGAAGGUGAUUACAAGGCAAUCGUACAAAAUCCAAACCCAUUGAUUCCUCCCAUAUUUGGUACUGAUGAAUUUGGGUGGUGCUCUGAGUGGAAUCCAGCAAUGACAAAGUUAACUGGGUGGAGGCGGGAGGAGGUAGUGGAUAAAAUGCUUCUGGGAGAGGUGUUCGGGACCCAAUUUGCAUGCUGUCGUCUGAAGAAUCAAGAGGCUUUUGUUAAACUUGGUGUCGUACUUAAUAAUGCGGUGGCCGGUCACAACCCUGAAAAAGUUCCUUUUAGUUUCUUUGCUCGCAGUGGAAAAUAUGUGGAAUGUUUGUUAUGUGUGAAUAAGAAAUUGGACAGAGAGGGUGUCAUCACUGGUGUCUUUUGCUUCUUGCAGCUUGCAAGUGCAGAGCUCCAACAAGCACUUCAUGUCCAGCGACUGUCAGAGCAAACUGCUGUCAAGAGAUUGAAAGCAUUAGCUUAUCUGAAAAGGCAGGUUCGUAAUCCUCUGUCUGGAAUUAUCUUCACUAGGAAAACGAUGGAGGGCACUGAGUUGGAAGCAGAACAAAGAUGCCUUCUUCAGACUAGUUCCCUGUGCCAGCGCCAAAUAAGCAAGAUACUUGAUGAUUCAGAUCUUGAUAGCAUCAUUGAAGGGUACUUGGAUCUUGAAAUGACUGAGUUUACCCUGCAUGAAGUAUUGGUUGCCUCUAUUAGUCAAGUGAUGAUGAUGAGCAAUGGGAAAGGUAUCAGAAUUGUCAAUGACACAGCAGAAGAGAUCAUGCAAGAAACCUUAUAUGGAGACAGUGUUCGGCUUCAACAGGUCUUGGCUGAUUUCUUGUCGAUAUCUAUUAAUUUUACGACUGGAGGUCAGCUUGUUGUAUCAGCUAGGUUGACCAAAGAUCAGUUAGGACAAUCUGUCCAUCUUGCACAUUUGGAGCUCAGGAUAACACAUGGUGGUAGUGGGAUACCUGAGGCAUUGCUGAAUGAGAUGUUUGGAAAUGAUGGAGAUUCAUCUGAAGAGAGCAUCAGCUUGUUCAUCAGCCGAAAGCUGGUAAAGCUCAUGAACGGAGACAUACAAUAUUUACGGGAAGCAGGCAAAUCAACUUUCAUCAUAUCCGUGGAACUUGCUGCAUCCAGUAAGUCCCGGGCAUAACUAAUUUUUACAAAAAUAAGGUUAGCCCCAGCCAUGGUUAGUAUGGUUUUGUUUAGGGAAAGAGGAAUUUAGGUCUUAUGCUGUAUCUUGGCUGAACCUUUUAUGGUUUUAUUUGUUGGUUUUCUUGCAGAAUUUGGAAACAUUUCUGUACCUCCUGAAUUUGUAAAUAUGACCAUUUCAUUUGGUUCUAAUUUCUAUCAACUUCUUGACAUCAAGAAUGCAGCUUAUUUCUGAAUAUGAAGAUAUUAAUUAUUUGAAUAAUUGAGCCUAUUGCAGUGCAUUUAUAGCCUUGGAAAAUAUCUUUGUUUUUAGGCUGAAAUUGCAGGGAAUAUAUGUAAUUCUUAAGAUAUUUGGUUGAGUUGCUACCCUUUCCAAGCUCUACAGGCACAAUCCAUUUGAAUCUAGCCAAGUAAGUUUCUUUGAUUUGCUGGGAAUAAUUUAACGAAAAGGCUAUGUUGUGUGUUUGCUUCCUGUACAAGUUCUCUUCAAUUUCAGUAUGACUUUAGUUGCCUAUGUAUGGUUGUAAUUACCUUAGCCUAAAGGCUUGACAUUUUUUAUUUUUUAUUUUUUUUUCUUGUUGGGUUUCCAACCUUCUCAUUUUUGUUGCCAACUGUAUUCCGUUUCCUUCCUACUGUGCAGUGACCUAACAUUGGUGAAUGUAUCCAUGAAAGAUCCGGUGUUCCCAUUUUUUUUCAGAAGCUUUUUGAUUUUGAGAAGCAUGUUCAGUGAUGCCACAUUUGUAGUUAGCAGCUAGUUAAGCAUGAACACAACUUAUGAUGCUAUCAUCUGAAGCACUCGCAUGGUCAACUUUUCCUUAUUUACACACCUCAGUUGUCUGUUAUAUGCACUCCUUUCCAUUGCUGUUCCAAUCAUAAGUUUCAGGUUAUUUGCCUCACAGUGGCUAUUGAUUCAGCUGCAACGGCAGAAGGCAAAUCUAAAAGUGGAGCCAACUCCUUGGAGGAUAAUGCCUCUAUUAUCUCUUUCUUUGUAGAUCAAAAGCACAAUCUUGAGUAAUUUCUAAAAAAAGUUCUCUGGAGGGCUUUGCCAACAGGUGUUUUGCAUACUGAGGUUUGACUAAGCAUUUAUAUCUAAGAGAAAUAUCUUUAUUUCUAUUAGCUUUUAGGAGCAUUUGUUUUGAAAUUUUAGAAAUAGUUAUUAGUUGUUGAUUUUAAUCAAACAGAUGAAAUAUU